AGUUUUCCCUGACUUGCCAUAUAUAAGGCCGCGUGCUACUCUCCUUAUUCUCAAAAUCCCCACAUUCAUUUACCAGUACAUUCCACAAAGCUCCAGCCUCGGCUUCUCUUCCCAAUCCAUCAAGUCAGCCUUUUUUUCCUCAUCUCGUCAAAGGAAGUUGGCAGUUAAGUCUGCUGUGUCUGCAGUUUGUCAAAGUGGAAGUUGUUUCUUUUGAAUCUUCUUUUAUGUCUGAACGGGCCUCUCUCUUUUUGUCAUCAAUCGGAUUGCUUGGAGAGUACUGUCCCUCAUCUAGAAAAAAGAAUAGAAGUUCCUCUUCUGAAGUUAUCUGCAUGCAUUUUGAGGCCAAUAACAAACGGUGUCCGGGUUGCCGCUAUAUGCGAACUCUUCCAAGUGCAAGGAAGCAGUCUAGUAAAGAAUUUCUCACCACGAUUGGAAACACCAGUAUCUGAUCUGUCCUUUCUGAGUAACUCUCUCCCACAGUUUGAUCAAGAUGGCUUUGCAAAAUAUUGGUGCUUCAAACAGUGAUGAUGCCUUUUAUAGGUAUAAGAUGCCCAAAAUGAUAACUAAGAUUGAAGGGAGAGGAAAUGGCAUCAAGACUAACGUGGUUAACAUGGUUGAGAUUGCAAAGGCUUUGGCUAGACCUGCUUCUUACACUACAAAGUAUUUUGGUUAUGAACUGGGAGCCCAAUCCAAGUUUGAUGAGAAGACUGGAACUUCACUUGUAAAUGGGGCCCAUGAUACUGCCAAGCUUGCAGGACUUCUUGAGAACUUCAUUAAGAAGUAUGUGCAGUGCUAUGGUUGUGGGAAUCCUGAAACUGAUAUAGUCAUUACUAAGACACAGAUGAUUACCCUGAAAUGUGCUGCAUGUGGGUUUGUUUCUGAUGUUGACAUGAGGGAUAAGCUUACAACUUUCAUUCUUAAGAAUCCCCCUGAGGCAAAGAAGUCAUCAAAAGACAAGAAGGCAAUGAGGAGGGCUGAAAAGGAAAGACUCAAGGAGGGUGAGGCUGCUGAUGAAGAGCUGAAGAAGAUUAAAAAGGAGGUAAAGAAGAAAGGUUCCUCUACCACUUCAAAGCUUGCUGCUUCCAAAGGUGUAGUAACCAAGAAGAAAAGCAAACAUUCUGAUGAGGAUCACUCCCCCGCACACAGCCAGUCUGAUGAGAAUGAACAGUUGUCCAAUGAUGAUGAUGAUGAUGUCCAGUGGCAAACAGAUACUUCCCUGGAGGCUGCUCGACAGCGUAUCCAAGAGCAGUUGAGUGCUGUUACUGCAGAUAUGGUGAUGCUUUCUACUGAUGAAGAGAAGAAAAAGUCUGUGAAGAAUUCUCCGGAGCAUGUGGUUAAGGUACAUGAGAAUGGUGUCAUUUCCCAUGAGAAACUUGUUGAUGAGAUAAAGGAAUACCUCAAGAAGGGGUCCUCUGCAACUCAGCUUAAAUCCUUCCUAGGUUCGCUCUCAGGAACCUCCCAAGAAGUCAUGGAUGCGCUAUUUACAGCACUCUUUUAUGAUAUUGGGAAGGGGUUUGCAAAGGAAGUUACCAAACAGAAGAACUACUUGGCAGCAGCAACCCAAGAAGAGGGAUGGCAGAUGGUGCUCCUCUGUUCUAUCGAAUCUUUUUGUGGCAAGGGUAGGCCCGAGGCAGCGAAGGAGGUGGCUUUGGUUCUUAAAGUCCUGUAUGACAAUGACAUUUUGGAAGAAGAGAUCAUUAUGGAGUGGUACGAGAAGGGUGUAGCUGGUAGCAGUAAGAGUUGUCAGAUUCGGAAGAAUGUCAAGCCCUUCGUUGAGUGGCUUCAGAAUGCUGAGUCCGAGUCAGAAGAGGAGUGAUUCUGAAGCUCCUGGUAUAGUUGCAUUUAUGAUGCUCUUAUAGCAGAUGGACUACUACUUUUAGUAACAUAAGUUUCUUUGCCGUGGCUAUAUCGGCAACAGUUGAGUUCUUUAAGUAAGGAACAGUGAGCUAUCGCCUAUACGCUCUCUGUUUGUUGUGUUGUGUUGUGAUUACUGGGUUUAUUGUUUUCUGUGUGAGUCUGGUGUCUUAAUUUGCUUCAUCCUACUAUUGUCUGUUUGUGCUUAAAAAUUGAGUUGAAGUUUGCUACUUUAUCUUAGCGUUUCUUUUGU